AUGUCGAUGGCACCACAGGCAAUCCACUCUAAUCUGUCGCGGCCGCAUCCCACCGACUCUCGCCUCCUUCAGAACCUCAUCAAGGGCGAGAAGAGCUACAUCGAUAAUCUUGCGGCUUCGUCGGUUUCGGGUUACGCCGCUGCUAGCGCUUUGGCAGCUUGGGGAACCUCUGAGGCUCCUGACAUCUCGAAAGCGUCCCAAUCGCUGGCCGAGAUCCUUGCCUCGGUCGCCGAUGCACAGCGGACACACGUUCAAGCUCUCGAAGGCUACCGCAGUGCGCUCAAGGAUGUGCUCGACCGCGAACACAGCAUCCGAUCCGUGGUGCGUGACCGUGACAUUCUCGUCGGCCGUCUCAUCAAGGCCAGCAAGAAGAAGGUGUCCAAGAAGGAUUCGGGACUCAGCCAGGAAGAGAAGAUGGAGAAGGUCAACGCUGCCCAGCGCGAGUUGCACGCCUGUGAACAGGUGCUCGCCAGCGAAGAAGCUGCGCUGGUCGGUGUCAAGCGACGCACCUUCAAAGAGGCGCUCACCAUGCGUAUGAAGACCAUGGGCGAUGCGGGCGCCGCUACCGUCGAGGCUGCCAAAGAAGCUAUCAUGCUGCUCGACGAGUUCGACACACAUGGUCCCUUGCUGCAGGCAACCGGCGGUGGUCAAUACGAGAGCAUGUACGCCGACGGCGGUAUCGAGACGGGUGCCUACGACAACCAGGCGCCCGACCAAGGCUAUUACGCGGGUCAGCAGAAUCCCGCGCAAGGUGCGACUCCUCAGAUGUACGCCGACAACUAUGCCGCUCACGGCUCACCCGUCGCUGGCAACGGUGCCAAUAUGACUCGUGAUGAACAGGGUCGAUUCCACAAGGACCUCCAAGGCACGCGCAAUCCACAACAGUUCGACGGCGCCUCGGUCACACCCUCUCAGUCUGCUAGUCAGGUCGUUGACAACGAUCGCUCCCACGUGCCUCUCGGUCAGCGCUACACCUCGCACUUCGAGGACGUCGAGGAGCAGGAAGGCGUCCCCUCAGACACCGACAGCGAAGAGGACUACCGACGCGCCUUCAUCGAGCCACGAUCGCGUCUGCCUGCCCCGCAUGAGCUGGGCGUAGCUGCAGACACUCGCGACUCUUUCAUCCCUCAGGGCGGCAGCAACGGCGCCGCCGCGCCUCAGACCCCUCGCAAAGACGACGAGAGAGGUCAGGUACCGAUGCCUGCCGUACCCACUGCUCCCGUCUUUGACGUUAGUCAGGCACGCGGGCACAAUCAAGAUCACAGCGUCGACCAGGGCUUCACACCCGCCAGCGCGCAAGGCUGGGGCAGUCAGCAGGGCGGCGGUGGACCCUACAGUCCACCUCGCUAUUCCUUGUCUCGACGCAGCGGCGACUCGGAAGGUGGCUAUGGCCAUCAGCGCAAGUCGAGCAACUCGCUCAUCGGCAAGAUGAGCCGCCUCUUCAAGACCGAUAUCCGCAACGGCUCCCCUGCUGAAGGUGAACGCGAGCGCGAGCGCGCGGGCUGGAACACGCGCACCUCCGGCAACGUCGAGCAAGAAAACGAGAAACGUCGCUUCGCCUCGCUGCGUCGAGCUGAGCCGGACAGCUCGGACGAAGAGCCCGACAACCGCGAAGUCUUCCGCAACGUCAAUCAGCAGCGCCCUGGCUGGGACUCGAAAGCAGGCAGCGACGUCGGCGGCAAGAAGCUCACCUCUCGCAUCCUGCCAGGUCCCAAAAGCAACAAGAUCCACGACGCAGAGCAGGCAGAUCUCGAUCGCAUCCGCGCUUCCGUCGUAGGCGGAGGCAUUGGAUCCGCACAGCCCAAGCUGGUCAGCGGCGCUGACAGCAUCCGCUCCAACACGACCGCUACCACCAAGACCAAGAAGAAGAAGAAGCACUCGGUGGCCGGCAGUGAGAUCGGGACCGCUCCCACUCGACCCUCUGCUAGCCACACUGUCUCGGAUCUCGCCUCGCUCAACAGCAGCGCCGACCGACCGGGCCUCUCGCGCAGCUCCACUACGAAGUCGACCAGCUCGAAAAAGAAGAACCGGGCUAGCUUCGCCGGCACAGGUCUCGUUGCAGGAGGCAACGUCUUCAGUCCGAACGCCGGAAAGUAUGGAGCCGACUCUUGGAUCAAGAAGCCAGCAAGUCAGAUGACCGCUUACGAGGCUGUUGCCAUGGCAGGUGUCGUGCCCAAAUCAGCUGCUCCCAAAGAGAAGCCCGCGGCCUCGCCUACUGUACCGGCAGCAACACCUCAGUCCCUCGUGCCUCUGCCACCUCUGCCAGCGCCCGCGGCUGCUCCUGCUCCUGCUCCUGCGUCGCGUCCAGCUUCCGUCAUGUCAUCUGCCAGCAAGAACCCGCCCCUCAAGUCGGCGCUCAAGACGCCCACCAUCAGUCGUAGCAACAGCACCUCGGGCGCCAAACCCGCCCCAUCUUCGCCCACGAAGAAGACAGCCGCAGCCCCACCUGCUACCGCUUCGACUGCCCCCAACCUCCCUGUCAAGUCUGCUCUUCGACACGACAUCACGCAGAGCAUCCGAGCCGAACCUCUUCCUCAGCCCAAGAUGGAGCCGAUCCCGAAGGCGCCCGCGCCCGUCACUUCGAUGCCUUUGCCUGAGACGAUUCCUGCGUCCAAACCCGCGCCGACGCAGCAGACGACCACCGCCGCUCAGACCGCCGCUCCAUCACAGCCUGCAGCAGCGAAGCCGUCCACUUCUGAAGCCGUCGCUGCCCCUGCUUCUGCUGCGGAGCCUGCCGAUGUUCAUACGACCAAAGCUCCCGAGUCGCCGCACAGUAUCGAGGAGGACAAGGGCUUUGAUGGCACUGGUCGUCUCGACAUGCCCGACGAUGCUGGCGAAGCAGACGAGAGUGCUGAGACGGUCGAGACAGUGACCGUCCCGGACAGCAAGGCACCGAUGCAUAAGCUCGACAUGCCCAGCUCGGAGCCCUUCUCGGUCUCGUUUGACGGCGUUUCUGGUGAUCGUCGCGGCUCUGCCGCGCAAGCCGAGGGUGCAGCAGCGGACGAAGUCGCUGUCACUCAAGGAGCCGAGCAGACCUACAAAGCCUUCUACGCGCAGCACGAACAGUCUCCCUCUGUCGAGAAGUCGGCCAACGGUGCAGACCGCAAUGUCAAGAUUGAGCCUAGCCGCGUCUACGGAGCCGGAGGACCCGAGCUGAGCGACACGUCGUCAGAGGACAGCUCGCCCGUCCGCACCUUCCCGAGCAAGCAGGUUGACGGAGGCGCAGAGAAGGCUGCCCAAGUUCAAGCCUCCUCGGCGCUCGCUGACCCGAGCCACAAGCCCGACGCCGGUCUGCAAGGUCUGUCUGGAGCUGCGCCCGCUUCGUCGACCCCAGCUCCGGCGCUCAAUACAUCCGCUUUGGCUGUACCCAAGAAGGCACCCAGCGAGACUGACAGCGCUGUUGCUCGCCGCAAGAGCGUUCGCCUGGCGCCUGACACCAAGCUCCCACCCGACACGCCCGACGCCGAAGUUGCCACCCCUCGCGGUACCGAGCACGGAGAUCCUCUUGCUGCUCGUGGCUCCCAGCUGAGCAGCCGCAUCGCGCCCCCACCAGCUGCUCCGGCCAAGGCUCCAAAGGAGACAGGCCCAGUAGACCUCGCGGCUGGCCGACAAUCGACCGGCUGGACUAGCCGUGCUCGUGAUCCGGACAGCAGCGAUGAGGAGGCGGACGAUGACGGCUACUCGAGCGCUCGAAAGGCGUUCGGCUCUGCUACCCGUGGUUGGGGUGAGGCGAUGGGCACGACCAAGCCCAAGACCAAGAAGACGGCGGGUGAUGCUGCGUCGGUGCGAUCCAAGACGGGCACGCCCAAGAAGGCUGCACCCGCGGCGGGUAGUGCAACUGCGGCCACCCCUGCCGCCCCGCAACCUUCGAUCGGUUACGUGCCGACAGCUCCCGGCUCUAUUUCGUCGACCAUGUACUCGGCGAAAGCACCUGGCUCGUCCAUUGGCCUUGGUACGAUGGGCACCGGCGCGAUCGCCGUGCCCUCGAGCUCGAUGUACUCUGUCACCGCGCCUGGCUCGGUGGUGAGCGGAAAUGCUGUUCCUCCUACCACUUCCACUCCAGCUACCACGGCCACUGCUCCUAGUGCAUCUGCCGCUCCUGCCAGUGCUCCAGCCGCCCAGACCGCAGCCCCUGCUCCUCUCACCGCCUCCAAUCUGAACGCGCUGGAAGGCGGCAAGGACCGUCCUAUCAUGCCACCUGUGCCCACCGCCCCUCCCGUGGCAGGUCAGCCCAACAUCCCCACCGCCCCUCCUCCCGCCAUCUCCGGCAAGGCCAGCAGCGCAGGUGGCAAAGGCGGCUUCUUCAAGCGCUUCAAGCGUAACAAGUGA